AUGACUUUGGGACUGAGAAGAAACACUGCAGGCAACCGAUCGUCUGUCGAGGGCGACCGUCCAGACACAACCGCCGACGAUGAGACGGUCGUUGACCAGGACCAGGGCAAUGUCCUGUCGCACAUCAUCAGCCAGCUGCGACCAGGCGCCGACUUGAGCAGAGUGACGCUGCCUACCUUCAUCCUCGAGCCGCGAUCUAUGCUCGAGAGAAUCACAAACUUCAUGGCACACCCCGAGAUUCUCCUUACGCUGCCUGGCAUCGACGACCCUGUCGAGCGCUUUGUCGCCGUCACCAAGUUCUACCUCACGNGCGUCAAGAAGCCCCUCAACCCCAUCCUCGGCGAGACCUUUACCGGAUACUGGGACUACCCCGACAACACGCGUGGAUACUACAUCUCGGAGCAGACUUCUCACCACCCUCCCAAGUCGAGCUACUUCUUCAUGGCCCCCGAGCACCACAUCCGUGUCGACGGCACCCUCAAACCACGCAGCAGAUUCCUGGGCAACUCGGUCGGCAGUUUCAUGGAGGGCAUUGCAGUCAUGCGUCUCUUGAACCGCAACGAGCGAUACUUUAUCACACAGCCCAACAUGUAUGCCAGAGGUAUCCUGUUCGGCAAGAUGAAGUACGAGCUUGGUGACCACGCCUACGUCCGCUGUCCCGAGCUGGGUCUGGAAGCUGAAAUUGACUUCAAGGUCAAGGGCUGGAUGACUGGAUCAUAUAACGCUAUUGGCGGCCAUAUCAAGGAAACCAAGAGCGGAAAGAACCUGUUCGAGUUCAGUGGUUACUGGGACAAGGAGAUGUACAUCAAGAAUCUGACAACCGGUAAGAAGGAGCUCAUUUUCGAUGCCACCCACGCAAGACCUUCGUACCCCAAGGCCCGUCCUCUCGAGGAGCAAUCAGAUCGCGAGUCGCAAAGACUAUGGGACAAGGUCACCAAAGCCAUCAAGGUGGCCGACCAAAGGGUUGCCACCGACGAAAAGUCCUUCAUCGAAGACCGCCAGCGUGCAGAGGCCGCAGAACGUGGAGAGCACGGAGAGUGGCACCCCAAGCUCUUCCGUGCGACAAGAGCUGGUGCAAGCCAGAGUCCAGGCGAUAUGGACGGCGAGGAGAACCUCGACUGGGUCAUCGAUGCCACCAUUGACGGCAAGAGCCCCGAUGAGAUUGUGAAGCAGGUCCUCGCCAUCGCACCCAUUCUACCAGGUCAANAAGCCCAAGCCCAAGCCCAGGCACAACCUCAGGCUCAGACCCAGCCUCAAGCUCAGGCACAACCCCAAAUACAGGCACAAUCCCAGGCACAGCCUAGACAAGAGACCGCUCAAGCAGCUCCUGCAUCUGCCGCCAUACCCCAGCCACAAUCUUUCCAACAGCUUCAGAUGCCCCAACCAACUCAGCAGUCGCAACAGUCUCAACCCGCCCUAUCAUCGGGACCAAGUAACCUUGUCGACUUUGGCCAUGCAGGUGGUGUCGCACCCAGCCAACCAGCUCAACAAUACACCUCGCCUCUGAACACCAUGGGCGACCUCAAGGAGCCAUUGCAACCCGUCAUCCACCGUCAAGAUAGCGUCGAAGGUAUUGACGAGACUUUCCACGAUGCCGACUCAUAG